AGUAGUUGUCUACACGUCUGACUGAUAAUCAGAUGGUCAUGGGUUUGAUUCCCACCCCUUCCACCCUUUAGCUAUUAAGGGAAGCCGUCUACGGACGUAAAAAGAAUAGGAGUCCACGGACAUAAAAACUGUAAAAUUGAAAAAUAAAGAUAAAGCAGAACUGAAAAAUUGUAAACCCCACCCGAGGUCGGUAAAACAGAACACAAAGUUUGGCAUUGUAAACUCCACUGGAGUAGAAACAGAAAUAGGUUGGACAUAUAGCCUCAGCUGCUGGUCCAUUAGUAGGUGGUACACAAAAGAACAGUACCACCGACCAGAUAGAAGAAGAAGAAGAAGAGGGUGCUUGCUAGCUUACAAAAUCGCGUUCACUUGGCGGACUCCACGCUAUUUUCCUCCAGCUGUAGGUAGGAGCGAGUCGGUUUAGAUUCUGUGUCUAGAGGUUGAAGACUUUAUAGAUUUAAAACUUUCCACAAGUUGGUGACAUUCAAUUUCAUUCUGUUCGUCAUAAAACAGGAAAAUCCUAACGUUGUGCCCAAAUUGUUUACCUUUGAAAAAGGAAACAAGUGCAGUGCAAGUGCAAGCUGGACUCGAUCUCAGUGCAGAUUAGUCCGUGACGCGCGCGUGUGCGAUAAACAUACGGAAGAGAAAAGCAACUCGCGAAGGAACAAAGUGCUGCUGCGGUGGUGUGUCGCCCGAAAAUCUCUUUGUUUUGAUUCCCACCCACAUUCCUAGCAGGCGAGGCGAGCCAGUAGAGUGACGUCUUCUCAGCAAAAGAGGACAAAGUUUUGUAUUUUCUACGCGGUUUUUUUCUGGGGUGAAUUCGUUUUUUUUUUCGGACAACAGGAAGAAAAUUUACAUUUUGCAUAAUCAUCCUCUGCUGUUGUGUGCCUCGUUUGUUUGUUACGGCGUUGUAAAAAAAGAAAGGAAGCAGCUGGUGUGUGCGUUUUGUCGGCAAAACUAAAACACCCACGUGGCGACAAAGCGCGAAAAACGACGACGACGACGUGUUGCUGCUACUCGAACCAACAAUACAACUCGCGCAAAAAUAUGUGUGUCGCUAAAUCAUCCGUCGUGUGAAUUGCCAGACUCUAGAAAGCGCUAAUCAACGCGCAUUGUGUAAGAAUUUGUGGUGGGUGCAUUGAGACGAUCGCAUCGCAACCCAGACGGACACCGCGUAGUUCCGAGAAGAUCUCCAAGCGGUCCCAGAAGAACGCGAUAAUAAUCGAAAGGAAUGAACCUCUCGACGGCCUUCAUGGACGAAACGUUCGUCUACAUAUACCGGGAGGUGAUGGAGAACUAUGUGCCGGCGUACUUCAAAUCGAUGGAGUACACCCCGUGGGUUUUCUCGCUGCUCGGGUCGGCCCUGAUUGGGCUGAGUGGGAUCCUACCGCUGGCGGUGAUCCCCGUGGGCACCGAAGGAGCCGAUAAGGAGUUUAAGGACCCCGCCGAAUCGAAGACACUCAAAGUUCUGCUAAGCUUCGCCGUCGGUGGUCUGCUGGGGGAUGUGUUUCUGCAUUUGCUGCCCGAGGCCUGGAGCAGUGAUGUGUCGUCUGGUGGAACUGACGAUCAUCCAUCGAUGCGGAGUGGCCUCUGGGUGCUUGGCGGCGUACUUAUCUUUACCAUUGUGGAGAAGAUCUUUUCCGGAUACACGAAUGCCGACGAAAACAAUCCCCAGCCAAAGUGCGUUGAAAUUGCCACCUGUUUGCUGCGAAAGAGCGGAGGUAAACUACCAGAGGGGUUCGUUGGGACCUGUGGUCAGACUGGCGGUGCCUGUGAUAUCGAGGACGUGCCGAAUGGGUGCUUCCUGGCGGGGAAAGCGACAGAGGAGAAGAAGGAACCCGCGAAGAAGGUGGCUGGCUAUCUGAACCUGCUGGCCAAUUCGAUCGACAAUUUUACCCACGGGUUGGCGGUGGCGGGGUCGUUUCUGGUGUCCUUCCGGCACGGAGUGCUGGCCACGUUUGCCAUUCUGCUGCAUGAAAUCCCGCACGAAGUGGGUGACUUUGCCAUCCUGCUGCGAUCCGGAUUCAGCCGGUGGGAUGCCGCCAAGGCACAGCUACUGACGGCCGGAGCUGGUCUCAUCGGAGCGUUGGUGGCCAUUGGAGGCAGUGGGGCAACCACGGCUAUGGAAGCGCGUACCUCGUGGAUCAUGCCCUUCACGGCGGGAGGCUUUCUGCACAUUGCCCUGGUUACGGUGCUGCCGGAUCUGCUGAGCGAAGAUGAACCUCGCGAGUCGAUCAAGCAGUUUGCCGCACUUCUGUUGGGAAUCGGACUGAUGGGGGUCAUGACCGUGUACCUGGAACACUAGACAGAGAGUGCAAGGGGCAAUCUCCCGAAAUCUUCGACUCAAGUUAGUCUCCCACCUGUUAAAUUUCUUUGUUUUUGUUGAGAGUACAGUUUUGUCUAGCUGUUCGGGAAUCUUGCGAGAGCCUAGGCCUCUCGCUAGCGAUCGUCUCCUUCACCCAAGGGCGCCACAUGUACGUGAAUGUGGGAACAAUGCUCGGUGCUUCAAUAAUUGCCGAUGACAGCACAGUACUGCGGUAAUGCCAUAUAGAUAACGAUAUACGACUCCUCACGUGAAAUGCACGAAUGCAUGUAAAUCAUCAAAAAAUCCUAGGUUUAACAAAUUAUGAAUAGAAACACAAAUUAGACGUAACUAAACAAAUAAAAAAUCCCCUCUGUAUAUUAUUGUAAUUAUUUUAAAUUCUCUAAAUUGUUGCAAUCCAUAGGAUGAGACAGAGCUAAGCAUUGCAAAAAAAUGGUCGUUUUUCUCUUAGAGUAGAACAUAUUUUGUACAUAUGUAGCAAGUUCGCAAUCGAUUGCUGCUGAAAACGAAAUCGAACUGAUGAAUUUGAGCGACGGUAAUCGGUAAAAAAAUGGUUUACAAUCCGACCAUAGAUAGGGAUUCGACGUUUAAUUUCGAUUAGGAAAAAAAAUGUGAUUUAUUGUAUGAUAUCCUGAUGAAAAAAUUGAAGAAAAAUAAACUAUGAUAUUCUGUUUCAGCAAGUAACAA